GCGAGGCGGCGGAGGCGGCCCAGUGCUCAGGCGGCUGGGAUGGAGCAGAAGCGCACCGGGUGCCGGAGGACACACAGCUGAAGGAGACACUUCGCAUUCGCCUGGCUUCCCUGCCCGCCGCCGGAGCCGCGCGGGACUCACGGUUCCCAUCGCAGCCCAUCAGGAAGAGGAGGAACAGUCAGUGCCCCGUGCGCUCUGGCAGUCCGGCAAACUCUCCCGCCGCCCGCGCCGUGCUCGGCACCAAACACCAGGGUACCAUGGUCUGCAAAAUUCUCUUCGUUCUCUGCAUCUUCACGGCAGGACUGAGGGUACAGAGCGUGCCUACAGUAGCCCUCUUGCCUGUGUCUCAUCCGGCAAAGAUUACCCCGACAACGGCCAUCUGGACGAGCUCUCCACAAGGCUCUCCUGCCUCCACUACCAGCACUGAAACGCCCAGCAAUUCAGUGCUCCCUGUCACAGUGUCGUCACCGGUGCAGACAUCUCUGCUCCCCAAGAACGUUUCCUUAGAGCCCAGAGAACAGCCCAGAGAACAGGACACCACCAGCCCCACGUUGGCUGCAGAAGGCACAAACACAGACCUCUUAUCAACAAGUGGUGGGAUCCACUUAACACCCACACCCGGGGAACACAGCUCGGGCACUUCCGAGGCGAGUGUGCCAGCUACAGGGUCGCAGUCCCCUGCUGAGUCUCCUGCACUCACCUCGCCUCAGACUCCAGCCUCAUCACCCUCAACCCUACCAACCUCACCACCAGAAGUUCCUUCUACCUCCAUCAGCACCAACCACAGCUCCGCUGAGCCCAGCACCAAGCCCACAGGAGCUGCCACCACACCAGAGGCCCCAGCGGAGGAGCACAGCUCUGGCCACACCCCCACGUCACAUGCCACGUCGGAGCUGGUACCCAUGGAGACAACGCCCCAAACAACUUUGCCAGCCAAAGUGACCUGUAUUCUGGUCGACAUGGAGACCACCACCGCCUCCCCCAGGGUGAUCAUGCAGGAAGUGGAGCACGCGCUAAGUCCAGGCAGCAUUGCCGCCAUUACAGUGACCGUCAUUGCCGUGGUGCUGUUGGUGUUUGGAGUUGCAGCGUACCUGAAGAUCAGGCAUUCCUCCUAUGGAAGACUUCUGGAUGAUCACGACUAUGGGUCCUGGGGAAACUACAACAAUCCUCUGUACGACGACUCUUAACAAAGGAACGUGGCCUGGGAUGAGGAAUAACUGCUCUUUAUUUAUAAGUGCUUAUCCAGUAGAAUUAAUAACAAGUACCUGAUGCGCAUUGAGCGACAAUCUUAAGCCCUGUUUUGUUGGUUUGGUUGUCUUGUUUUCCUUCCUCUCCUCUGGCUGCUACAACUUACCCUUUCUGGUACAAAAAGAACUAUUAUUUAAAGGUGAGUGGAGGCUGAUUUGCAGCUAAAAUGGGCCAACCUUGAGCCGGUGGGGCCAGACCACCUCGAUGGAGGCUUCUGUACCCACCACAACACCCACUGCAAGAAGGACUGAGGAAGAGGAAUUGAGUUAUUUUGUUGGGGGUUACUUUUGGGGAGCUUUUUGUUUGUGGUAUUUCUUAAACUCUUAUUUAGGAAAUUACAUUAAAUCUCACUGAGGGGAAAGAAAAUGAGUACUGGGAGGAUUUCACCCUGCAGGUGAUGAAGUAGGGGUUUCUCAGAUUCCUUUUAAAUCUCUACUCAGCUGGUUGUGUCUGACAAGAUGCCUGCGUGGCUCUACAAGCUGGAUCCCAGCUUCUUAGCUGCCUAAUUAAUGAAAGAGGAAACUAGAAAGUGCCCAGGAGGAGGCCGGCAGGCCGCAGAGCAGAGUAGCAGGUUGCUGUCAGAUCUCAGCGUAUCCUCUCUCUGUUCUCCCCUCCCGGCCACUGAAGACUAUGAGAUGAGCUUAGUUAGACAAGAGAAAGGGAGAAGCUGGUGGAAUGAGUGUACAGUAGAGGGAGUGGAGGAAGGAGGGAGCUGACACGUACUGAGUACCUCAUUAGGGAAAGUGAGAAUCAGCUCUCAAUAACUGUCAGAGGCAUCCACCACUUGGAGGAGCCCAUAGAAUCCUUGCUUUAUACCCACAAAACAACCGGUUCACUGCCUUGCUGUCUGUUGGAUAAUGGCUGUAAACUGUUUUUGAAAAAAAAAUUUUUUUUUUAAGGCACUAGUCUAUCUGCAGUGCUCAGUAAGGCAUUUCCAUAGGAAACAGAUACCGUGAUUAAUCCAUGUAUUCUUCCCAUACAUUUACCUUACUAAUUCUGCCCUUUAAUAAAUGAAAACCCCUGGUUAGAUAGUCUUAAAAUCCUGCAUAAUGAAUUCUGAGAAAGAACUGAUCAUUUUUGCAGGUAUCCAUUUAUUGUAACGGUUCGCGACCAGCAGGCAGUCUUGCAACCCCCCAAACUCCCCCACCCCCAGGACAUCUGAAAGUGUCUGGUGACAUUUUUUAUUAUCUCAACUUGGAGGUGUUACUUGUGGGCAGAGGUUAUGAAUAUGCUAAACAUCCUACAAUGCACAGAAUAGCCCACUGUAACAAAGAAUUAUCUGGCCCAAAGUGUCAAUAGUGCUGCGUUUGAAAAACCCUAAUAUUACAGUGCCCAUUGUGACAGAACAAGACACUCCCAGAUUUUUAACUAAAUAAAAUGAUUUGUUAAAUUUU